CUCUGCUGUGGGUGGUCGUAACAAAAAUUGACUCCUCCUAAGGCACCGACUCGUAUUUGGUCGGUAAUGCUCGGACACAAUAACCACCCCUACUCUACCCUCUCGAGUUGAGUAAAUAGUCAGAUACAGGUAAUAUUGUUUAUUUUUUGCGUUCGUGUGUGCGGGUGGACACUAUGAAGGUGACAGUGAUAUUCGUGAUGAAUCUCUUUGUGCUCACCGCUCUUGGGGAUGUUAACACCAGAAGCAAAAAUCGGGGGAAAGGAUCCAUGUGGUGGGGCAUUGCAAAAGCUGGUGAACCGAACAAUCUGUCGCCGAUAUCUCCUGGGGGCGUUUACAUGGAUCUUUCGUCGGCUCACGGCACCCUACGACGGAAACAGCGUCGUCUAGCUCGGGAAAACCCCGGUUUAUUGGUGGCUCUACAUAAAGGUGCCAAUAAUGCGAUUCACGAGUGCCAACAUCAGUUUCGCAAUCAGCGUUGGAACUGCUCGACGAGAGCCUUCCCUCGAGGAAAGAACUUGUUCGGGAAAAUAGUCGAUAAAGGAUGCAGGGAAACUGCUUUCAUUUAUGCGAUAACGAGUGCUGCAGUGACCCACGCGAUUGCAAGAGCUUGCAGCGAAGGUUCGAUAGAUACUUGCAACUGUGAAACGCAUUACAAAGGAAGACCGCACCAAGGAGCCGUCGCCGGAGUCAGAGACUUCGAAUGGGGAGGAUGUUCGGAUAAUAUCGGAUUUGGGUUUACCGUCAGUCGCGAAUUUGUCGACGCUGGGGAAAGGGGCAAAACCAUCCGAGAAAAGAUGAAUUUGCACAACAACGAAGCCGGAAGAUGGCACGUAAAGGAUCAGAUGCGUCAAGAAUGUAAAUGCCACGGAAUGUCCGGUUCUUGCACUAUUAAGACUUGUUGGAUGCGACUUCCUCCGUUUCGAGUGAUCGGCGACCUCCUCAAAGACCGCUUCGACGGUGCUUCUCAUGUCGCCGCCUCCGGUCACCACCGGAAUAACAACAACGCGCACCAAAACCGUCCACCCAAAAACCCCAAACUAAAUUCCAUUUCGAGCAACAGCAUCCACAGCAAAAGGGAGAAUCGCCGCAAACACAAGUACGGUUUCCAACUAAAGCCCUUCAACCCGGAACACAAACCUCCCGGAACCAAGGAUUUGGUCUACUACGAAAUGUCGCCGGGAUUUUGCGAAAAGAACCCCAAAUUGGGGAUCCAAGGCACGCAUGGGAGACUAUGCAAUGACACGUCAAUGGGCGUCGAUGGGUGCGAUAUCAUGUGCUGUGGACGGGGAUAUCGUACCCAAGAAGUCGUCGUGUUCGAAAGAUGCAACUGUACGUUUCAUUGGUGCUGUGAAGUGAAGUGCGAUGUGUGUCGAACCAAAAGAACUAUACAUACUUGCGUUUAAAUUUAGCAAUUUUACGCUUUAUUCACUUGAAUUUGGUUCAUAUUUUAGUGAUUAUUCCGAAAUUAAAAAUUCAUUUUAUGUGAAUAAAGCUAGGGGAGCCCGGUGCGAGUUAGGAUUAACUUAUGACAGGCCGAACGCUUAUCUAUCAGUAUUAGAAAUUAUUGACAUUAUUAAUGUAAAAGACUGAUUUGAAAUUUGUUUUGAGUCAUAUUUGUACAUAUUGAGCUAAGUUAUUACGCUACAAGCAUUAGUUUUUUAUGUGGUUGGCAGGAAUAAAUGAGUGAAAAGUCGGCGCCUUUUUGUAUUUUCUUCUACAUUUUAUAUUACGUAGGUUUGUAUUUAUUUAUGGAAUGUAAAUAUUAAAAAUCAGCAUGUAGUGUAUCUCAAAUUUUGUGAAUAUGUGACCAUUCUAGAAUUUAUACAUUUCUCUAUAAUCGCAUUAAUUUAUUGACCAUUACUUUGUACAUUAGCAUUUGUAAAUAUUCAUGUAGCUUAUUUAUGUAGAUAUAAUUAGCAAGUAUUUUUAUAAUUACUUUAUUUAUAAUUAAAC